AUGUUCUCCUUUGCACGAGUCUUGUACUCGCGUCCUAUUAAGAUAACACGUCUGGCUGCCAAUAUGCCUCACUUUGAUGUUUGUGUGAUUGGAGGUGGUCCUGCCGGUAUUGCUGCCGCCCUGCGGGCUGUUGAUUAUAAUAAACGUGUUUGUCUUGUAGAGGCGAAGCGUAUGGGUGGAGCGGAUUUGUGGAAUGGGGCUUUGCAGUCCAAGACAUUAUGGGAAAUGGCAAAGUAUGUCUCACGACUCUCUGGACAGGCAUCCCAUCGUGUGUUUGAGGAAGAUGUGGUGAAGGGAUUAAAAGAGAAAGUAAAUGAUGUACGUAUUCGGGAAACAUUGGAGGAAGUUAGUAAAACACGUGAACGACAACUUUUGGAUGGAUUAAAGGCCGCUGGGGUAACACUGGUAUAUGGAAAAGGUAUUUUCUCAUCACCGCAUGAGUUGGAUGUUCACAGUACGAAUACAGGUGAAUAUCAUGUUUUAACAGCAGAUUAUUUUAUUAUCGCCACUGGAUCUGUACCACGUAAUCAUGAGUAUCUCGUGACUGAUGGACGUCGUGUGGUAACAACAGAUACAAUUAUGCAAUUACCUAUUCCAUCAAGUCUAGUUAUUAUUGGUGCUGGUGCGGCAGGAUGUGAGUUUGCAAGUAUUUACGCUAAUUUAGGACGAACCAAGGUUUCCCUUAUAGAUAAAGCCCCACGUAUUCUACCUAUGGAAGAUGAAGAUAUUGCACUUUUUGUACAGAAUCAACUUGAACGUCGUGGAGUGACGAUGCAUCAUAAUUGUACUCUCUUUGAUCUUGAGUCUUGGGAAAAGGGAGAGAAAGGUGGUUGUAUCUAUAGUGUACGGCGUAAUGAUGAGGGUGGGGCAGUACACCCUGUGGAAACACAUAGAGCGGAAUUGGCAUUAUUAUCAGUGGGUCGUGUACCGAAUUUUUAUGGUCUUGGACUUGAAAAUACUUCUUGUAAAGUAAGCGAUGGGGUCAUUGUUGUAGAUGCAUUUAACCGUUGUGUUCCGCAUAAACAUAUUUACGUCAUUGGUGACGCUGCGGCAGAUCGGGCACUAGUGAAUUUGGGUGAGGCACAAGGACGUGGGGCUGUAGAUCAUAUGUAUAGUGAAAAGUUAGCGAGAUCUAUUAAUUCAUCUGUUUUAACCAACUUGACUACAGUUAUGUUUCUUGAAGAGGAAGUGGCUUGUGUAGGACUUAACGAGCAGCAAUGCCAACAACGCAAUCUUAGUUACAUGGUAGCUCGCUUUGACUAUGAACACCUUAGCCGUGCUAUUGCAAUGGGUGAGACUGCAGGAUUUUGUAAAGUCAUUGUAACAAAUGAUCGAGAGAAACGACUGCUCGGAGUGCGUGCAGUUGGCGCUCAUGCAGGAAGUAUUGUGGAGGUGGCAUCAUUGGCUAUACGUCGUAUGGACUCUGUAUAUGGACUGCUACAAUUAACAACAUCAUACCCCUCCGUGGUGCAGGGAUUUUUGGAAUGUAUUCGUAUGAUUCUCGGUCGCUCUUCUGUAAAGCCAAAUACAACUCCUAGAAUGACGUUAAAUAUAUGGCAUCCAUCACAUUUUGAGCGUGGUCGAACGUAUAGUGAUGAGAUGGAGAAUGAAGCUCGAUCAUCAAAAGAGUGGAAUACGGAUAACAGACAGUAUGAGUUGGAGAUGGCUCGUAUGAGGCACUCUGUGGUAGAAGAUGUUCUGAGAGACCGUGCGGCUGCAGCUGCAUCUGCUGCUGAUAAUAAUAACAACAAUAGUAAGUAA